UAAUACAGUGGCAAAAAAGAAUUCAAUUAUGAACAGAUUUCUGGGUAUCGUUAUUGUGAUUGCACUUGCAGUAAUUACAAGUUCGGCUAUCAACUGCAACAAUGAUAAAUGCCGGGAAAGUGGAACACAGCACACCAUGUGCAAAUAUCCGAGUUCGAAUCCAGCAGCAGCCUGUGGCAGAGUGAUAUCCGUGGGUUUCACAGACGAUGAGAAAAGGCAAAUAGUUAAUGCACAUAACCAGCGUAGAUCAUUCGUGGCUCAGGGUUUAGAAAAGAGAGGAAAGCCCGGGCCACAACCACCGGCAUCAAAUAUGCAAACGAUGAGUUGGGACAAUGAAAUAGCGGAAAUAGCUCAGAGAUGGGCAAAUCAGUGCAAUUUCGGACACGAUUCAUGCAGAAACGUUGAUAGAUAUUAUGUCGGGCAAAACGCGGCUAUAACAAUGACUACUGGAACUGUGGCUACGACACCAUCAGAAAUAGUGGACAUGUGGUACAAUGAAGUAAAAGACAUGGAUCGCAAUCAAGUAUCCCGACUCACAAACAUCAACGGUGUGGGUCAUUACACUCAAUUAGUCUGGGCCAAGUCGAAUAGACUUGGUUGUGGUAAAAUAGUACAUCAAGCAGACCAAUGGAAGAAGUACUAUGUGGUAUGUAAUUACGGUCCAGGUGGUAAUUAUAUAAACGAGCCAAUAUACCAAAUCAGGAAAUUAAUUACAAGUUCGGCUAUCAACUGCAAGAAAGAUAAAUGCCGGGAAAGUGGAACACAGCAAACUAUGUGCAAAUAUCCGACUUCGAAACCAGCGGCAGCCUGUGGCAAAGUAUUAGCUCAGGGAUUCACAGAGGAAGAGCGAAGGGAAAUACUUGAGGCACACAACAUGCAUAGAUCAUUCGUGGCUAACGGUUUUGAAAAAAGAGGAAAUCCAGGACCACAACCACCGGCAUCGAAUAUGCAAAUAUUGGUUUGGGACAACGAACUGGCGAAAGUAGCUCAGAGAUGGGCAAUCCAGUGCCAAAUUGCUGCCGAUAGGUGCCCACACGUUGACAGAUUCCGUGUCGGGCAAGCCGCAGUUGGGAUGAAGACUACUGGAACUGUGACUACAAAACCAUCAGACAUAAUAGACUACUGGUACAAUCAGGUAAACAAUAUGGACCGCAAUCAAGUACCCCGACUCACAAAUAACCAAGGCGUGAAUGAUUACAUUCAAUUAGUUUGGGCGAAGACGAAUAGAGUUGGUUGUGGUAAAGUAAUAUAUCAACCAGACGAAUGGAAGAUCUACUGGAUGUACAGUGGCAAACGAUAUUCAAUUAUGAAGAAAUUUCUGGGUAUCGUUAUUGUGAUUGCAUUUGCAAUAAUUACAAGUUCGGCUAUCGAUUGUAGCAAUGACGACUGCCAGAAUAGUGGACACCAACACACUAUGUGCAAGUAUCCGACUUCGAGACCAGCAGCAGCUUGUGGCAAAUUAUUAGCUCUGGGAUUCACAGAGGAAGAGCGAAGUGAAAUACUUGAAGCACACAACAGGCGUAGAUCAUUCGUGGCUAACGGUUUUGAAAAAAGAGGAAAUCCGGGACCACAACCACCGGCAGCGAAUAUGCAAAUAUUGGUUUGGGACAACGAAUUGGCGGAAAUAGCUCAGAGAUGGGCAAUCCAGUGCGUUUUCUCUUACGAUGGAUGCAGACACGUUGACAGAUUCCCUGUUGGGCAAAACGCGUUGUGGAUAUGGACUACUGGAAAUUUGACUACACAACCAUCAGAGGUGGUAGAAUUCUGGUACUCUGAGGUGGAAAAUAUGGACCGCAAUCAAGUACCCCGACUCACAAAUAACAGUGGUGUCGAUAAUUACAUUCAAUUAGUUUGGGCGAAGACGAAUAGAGUUGGUUGUGGUAGAAUAUCAUAUCAACCAGACGAAUGGAAGAACUACUGGGUGGUAUGCAAUUAUGGUACAAAGGGUAAUAUUUUCAACGAACCAGUGUACGAGAUCGAUAUCCAACGGAAUAAUUUGAAAAACAAUAUCUCAAUUGAUAUGAACUAAUAACAUGAGAACAAACGUAUAGCUUCAUAAGAUUACCGUAUAACUUUUCCAUUUUUAAUUGCCAAUAUCAUUCUCUAGGAAUGAUUAUUAACAUUUUCCUAUUCACGUCUAAAAUCCUUUUGGAAUCAGCCCUGUUUCCUUCUCAAACAUGGAUUCUUUCUUCCUGUACUAAAUAUUUUGCCCCUCAUACGUUUGUUGCAACGUAAUUUGCGAAGACGACUCCACCAGUCUCUUUCAUUGUGAAUGUACCAACGAAUGUCGAUAUUCAUCCCGAUCGAAAGACCUGCGUGUCUAUAUAUCGGGAAGUCGACGCACUUCCUGUGAAUUCUUUAAUGGUUCCUGGCGACUCUUUAUUAUGUAUACUAUGUAAAAAAAUUUAUUUAAAAGAAUUGACUCAGUUCAUUUCUGAAUAUAAAUAAAAUAAACGGAACAUCUUGAUAAGAUA